GGAGGGUCUUCUUUAAGGCAACUUGAAUAUGGUUGGAUUAUUAUAUCUACCUUUUCUUAUCAUGACCUAUUGUGGUCAUGCUGCUGGAGAUAUCUCAACAGUGAGGGUUCAGCCUGGAGUUUCCACCAGUCUUGAGUGCCACAUUCAGCUAGAGGGCAGCUUUAAUGUAUUUUGGAUCAAAUUUCCACUUAAUAAAGCUCCGGUCUGUAUAGCUACAGUUAAAACCUUUGCGGAUGAUGCAGCAAUGUGUGAACAGUUUGAAAACCAUUCCAGGAUCAAAGUCACAUGGAACAAAAAGAACUUCAAUUUAACAUUUUCAUCAGUGGAACAAGCAGAUGUUGCGAUAUACUUUUGUGGGACAUAUAAUUAUGGACAGCAUUUUUUUGGAAAUGGGAGUGAGCUCAUCCUUGAAGAACAUGUUGAUGAAGUAUCAUCGAACAUAAAUGAAAAAAAGCAAGUGUUUGAAUAUUUAGUUCCAGCAUUAACAGUAACUAAUGUGGCAUCAAUAUUUCUCAUCAUUUGGUUCCUUUUAAAGAAGAACAGAUCAGGUGUAACAGGUGAAUCCAAGGAUGCAAGUGACAAAACAGAUGAAGUAAACUACGGUGCUCUGACUUUUCAUGACAAAAAGAGGAGAACUGUAGAGAAGAGGACACCACGUGGACACCAUGUGGACACCACGGUCAUUUACGGAGCUGUACGACACCAAGAGGAAUUAUAACUCACAGAAGAAAACGUAUCUUAAUACAUAUCUUAAUUCACAUGCAGUACUAUGUGUGCUUUUGUAACGUUCUGUAAAAUCAACCCUCACAUUGUUCUAACUCUGUUAUAUGAAAUCCAAGCCCCACUUAGCAAUGAGAGGAAAAUAAAAACAUUACACUCCCCUGAAAUUAAAUCUGUUUGAUACAGAAUGUGGAAUUUUGUUGAAGAAAUUAAAAUGAGAAUGAGUGUAGGGGAAUUAAGUGUAUGGCACUAUAGUCACAAACUAUUCAUGAAUAGGCCA